UACACGGUGUCCGUGCGCGCAGAGCUCUGUGCUAGUGCCAUAGGGUGAGACGGGGCGAGGAAUGGGCACACAACGCGCUCCGAGGCACGUGCGUCUCACGCUGGGUGUCUGCCUGCUGACUGCGCUAUUCACAACAGAGGCUGACCCGUCGGUGGAAUGCCCCCCCAUCACAGGGUUUGCAGGGCAGUUGGUGUCGCUCAGUGAUGGGCUGAGGGAGGGCAGUAAAGCCCAGUUCCUGUGCCCCACGGGGCAAUACCCUUGGCCUAUCAGCAGCCGAACCUGCCAACCCAACGGCCAAUGGAGCGCGAUCAGGUCCAGCACCGGUAGGAAGCACAACGCCGUCGUCUGCAAGAGCAUGAGAUGCCCCGAGCCAAUAUCCUUUGACAAUGGAGAGUUUUACCCCAGGGGACCUUAUGUGGUCGGGGCAAAUAUCACCUUCCGAUGUAAUGACGGUUAUCAAAUGCGUGGUUCUGAGGAGAGGACGUGUCAGAGAAACGCGAGAUGGAGCGGAGAGAUGGCCGUGUGCGACAACGGAGCUGGUCACUGCCCUGACCCCGGGGUUCCACCUGGAGCUGUGAAGACCGGUGACCGGUACGACGUGGAUGAAAGGGUCUCGUACGAGUGCUCGCGGGGACUCACACUCAUGGGGUCGAAGAGCAGGAUGUGUCUGGAGAACAGAAGGUGGAGCGGAACCGAGGCCAGCUGUCAGUACCCGUACUCCUUCGAUCUCCCUGAGGAUGUUGGGCAGCGAUUCAUUGGCUCGAUCUCCGGCGUCCUCAACACCAAGCAGUCAUCUGCUGUCUCCAAGUCUGCGGGGAGAACUGUGAAUAUAAAGAAGGACGGGGUGAUGAACGUAUACAUCCUCCUGGACGCUUCCCGCAGCGUCGGCGAAGAAAGCUUCGAAAUCUACAAAGAGUGCGCAAAACAUAUCGUGGAUGGGCUGGGUCGCUUCGAUAUGAAGAUAGAGUUCGGAGUUCUCUCCUUUGCCACCGAGCCUAAAGAAGUAGUCAAAAUCUACGAUGUGGACUCGGACGAUAGCGACACAGUUUUAGGGUUAAUUGAAGAAGAUCUCAAAUACAGCGAUCACAAAGAUAAAUCCGGAACGAACACCAAAGGUGCUCUGGAAGCCGUCCUCAAUAUGAUGGCAUUUCAGAAGAUUCGUUACGAUGGCAAUGCUUGGGAUUCCAUUCAGCAUGUUAUUAUUCUGAUGACAGACGGCAAAUCCAACAUGGGUGGGCAACCCAAGGAAACGAUGAGGAGGAUUAUGGAUUUCUUGAAUAUCAAUGAGAACAGGAAUGAGUUCCUGGAUGUUUAUGCAUUUGGAGUCGGCACUGAAAACGUCGACAAGACUGAGCUGAAUGAAAUAGCCUCAAAAAAGAAUGACGAGAAACACGUGUUUAUUCUAGAAAGUGUGGAAGACAUGAAGAACGUGUUCAAGGAGAUAUUGGUUAUCAAAAAAUACGGGGAUAUGUGCGGCCUAAACGAAGACCUUCCCGAUCCUGACGAUCCCAAAAAGUGGAGUUAUCCUUUCCCUUGGACGGCCAUAAUAAAUACGGCAACCUCAGUACCUUGCAUGGGGUCUCUGAUCUCCCAAUCCUGGGUCCUCACCGCCGCUCACUGUUUCAGAAACAAGCUUGCCCAACGGGUUAAAAUUGGGAAGGACGACUACGACGUGAAGGAUAUUAAGAUCCAUGAUUGUUACAACCUGAGCAGGAAGCAGCCCAUUGGGUUAAAAGAAGACUACGACUACGAUGUGGCCCUCAUCCAGCUUAAGACUCCCGUCGUGUUCUCGCCAUCUGCCAGGCCCAUCUGCAUCCCCUGCACAGAGCCAGCCAACCGGGCAAUGAAAAAGAGACCGACGUCGACGUGCAAAGACCAUCGGGAUUGGCUGCUGAAAAGCAACGAAGUAGCUGCAGGAUAUUUGGCACGCAAGGGGAAGAAUGUGAUUCAUCCCUCCUUGAAGACGAAUGAAGUCCUUGUAAAGAUCAACCAAGCUAGAGACGCCUGUGUGGCUGCAGUGAGAACGUGGGAAGCUUUUAAAGAUAUCGACCCUCUGCUUUUGGUGUCGCCCCGACAUCUCUGCGUGGAAGGAGAUAUGUCAUGUAAAGGGGAGUCAGGCGGCCCGCUCUUUACGGACGUGAAAAGGCGAUUCUUUCAGCUUGGAGUACUCAGUUUUGGACUGUUUGACCCCUGUUUUGAUACAACUAAACGAAAGCUUCCACCACGAGGGUUCGAAGCUCGGGAUUUUCACGUUAGCGUCUUGGAGGUCUUGCCCUGGAUACGCAAACAUGUAGCAGAAGACCUGGAGUUCCUUCCUGACAUUGAAAAUCAAGAGGACAUUCGUUGUCCUACCUAACAAAAGGCAGCCAUGACCCUCUCUAUGCGUUAUCUGUUAAUAUAACAUCGCUACUGACCUUUGACCUUCCAAACAUCGCAUUUCCUCACGUCAAUACGAUAAAUGAAAGAAACCGGCGUUUAUAGUUAAAGUAAACGUAACGCGCAUGCCCGUCUGGCGUGUGGAUGCUACCAACGUGUCCGUAUGAACAGAGAUGUGGCAACGCUUGGUAUUCGUCUUACUUAAAAAAAUAUAUACGCAUUUCCCUUCUGCUUUUCCUCGUUGGCAUCACUACGCAGACAUCUUUUAUUACAAAGUAUUCAUGUAACACCCUGUUAGUUUUAUCUAAAGGCAAAACAAAUAAAAAUACUUGAUUUCAUCAAAAAUAGCACUGUUUAAAAAAAA